AUGAGAACCAGGUUAAGCACUAAUGCAUUCUAUCAGUCUUAUGAUAAAGGCAACAAAACAGUGGUGGAUGCAGAUCAAAAUUGCUUGCCAGAAGAAGACACUGGUACUGUCUCUUGCUUGACACACAAACUUGGCAGUGACAGAAGUGUUAGUGACAAUAGACAGUGUGUUGAUUGUCAAAAGGAAACACCCCAUGAAGUCCAAGGAACAGAACAUGGUUUACUACAACUAGAGGGGCAAAAAGAACAUGGUAGUUGUGAUGAAGCAGAGAGUACUUGUUUGAAAAAUCCUGAGAAGAAAAGAUUGCUCUUUGAUAAAACCUUGAGCACAAAUACUAAGGUGACAAGGCAUGAUGUGAAUGUUACUUUGGAGACAAGUGUGGGAAAUACUGAAGACAAAAAUGAAUGUUCUGUGUCAUCCUCAAGCUCUGCUGAAGAUGUACCUGAUACCAGAACUUCCUGUCAUAGUAGUGAACUAAAAAGUGACAAACCAGAAAAUAGCACAAGUGGUGUAGAUAAAAAGAAAAGAAAUGGAAAAAAAGAUAAGACAGAAAGAAGCAAAAGUCAAAAAGUUAAACACAAAUUAAAGAAUCUCAUAAACAAUACAGAAGAAAAGAAAAAACAAACUCCCAGUACAGAAGAAAAAGAAAACAUAACUCCAGAACAUAGCAUAAAAUCAGUUGAAAAUAAAUAUCAAGAUCCAAAUGCAUCACUUGUCAAAGGAACAAUAGCUGAUGGGGACUCACCAAGGCUUCCAAAGUGGACUAGAUCAGAAAAUGACAUGAUGUAUAGAACAAUUGUAAGAGAAACAGAAACCCAGUCACAUGAUGAAGCAAGUGAUGAUGCCUCCCAAACUGUUCCAGAAACCCAGUCACAUGAUGAAGCAAGUGAUGAUGUCUUACAAACUGUUUCAAAAACCCAGAAUCAAUUGAUUACAAGCGUCAACCUUUCCACUGAGGACAGACACACUGACAAGAUGCAACGAGAGGAGAAUGAAGCAACUCACAGAAAACAAAAUGAACCAGUCCAAGAGGAAGAGAAUGAUAAAAUAAGAGGAAAGCAGAAUCAAGAAGUUCAAGAGAAAACCAAGUCAAAGGAGCAACAUUGUGAUGAAACAGAUGUAGGAAAACAGACACAAUCAGCUCAAGGAGAAAGAAAAUCAGAGGAACAAGUGCUCAAUAGUACUGGUCAAAGAAAACAAAAGGGAGUAAGUUCAAACAGUUUGGAAAUUGAUGCAAGUCGUGUCUGCAAUCAAGAAUAUUCCCAGAGCUCCAUUGAUACCCUAACAGCAGGCCAGAGAGAGAGGGAGUGCACCUCCUCCCCUGAGGAACCUGUACCAUCGAGUCCAUGUGGCCAAGGAUUCUUUGUGACACAAGAGAGUAAAUCUGGUGAGCCUUUGCUGUCACCAGAUGGCAAAGAGUCUGGGAGUCAGAAACCAGGACAUGAGGACUUGAACAUUGAUGAGUUGAAAGAACUGGAUCUGGUAGAUCUGGACCAUUAUCUGCUCAGAGAACAGAAAGAGCAGUAUUACUGUGAGUCCAUUAAAGAUGAAGAAAAUUCCUUAGAGGUGCAUAGCUGGCAUUCGGACAAAACUCCAGGUGGUUUAUUGGAAUCAGUUUCAGUGGCCCAAGGCCACAAGGAGUCGUGCAGACCCACAGCCUGUGUCACUGAAGAAGAAGCAUCAGUCAAAGAUGAAGAAGGAUGUGAUUCAAUAACAGAAGUACAGGACUUUGAGAAAUGCUCAGGAUCAAAUCAUAAAUCACCUCAAAAGUUAUUAGAGAAGUCUGUCCCAAAAGAAGACAGUGAAGGCAGUAAGGCAUUACCUAAAAAGUCAUGGCCUUCUAAGUCUAAGCUGCAGACUCCUUCCACCAAACACCCUAUCAUGCCUUGGUGUAUGCUGCAUGUGGAGGAUCUGCCAACUCCCUCAAUGCUAGAUAUUGUCAAACACUCAGACACCAGCACUCCCAACACACGAGGAAAGCAAAGGCAAGGACGAUCAGGCAUGUGCAGUUCUGUUACUGGCACCCUAAAAGACACAAGGAUCACUAGAAGACGUUCCUGUGUGCCCCAUUACCUUGCAUCAUGGCUUGAAGGCUUGCCCCUCCCAGACACUGACAACAGCACUCCCAAUGGGAAGAGCAAGGACAGUGAUGCUCAUGAGGCAAGAUUAAAAAUUCCAGAUGCUGUGCUAUCCAGUACUUCACCAAAAAAGAAAACACUAAGAGAAAGCAAGAACUCAUUGAUAAACUCUGGGAUGGAAAAUUCUGAUUCUAUGCUGUCUGAUGCAUCAACAAUAAAAACAGAGAAUUCAUCUAAGAAAAGAAAGAAAAAUAUUUUGGCAUGUACAGAUGAAGGAAUGACAGAUUUGAAAGGUUUGGAAGACAGCAUAUCACAGUGUGGCAAAGACGGAGAAGCCAGUGCUGAACCUGCAACACAGACAUCAGUGCCCACAGCGGAAGAGUUUGUUACAAUUAAUAACAAACAGGAGUGUGAAACAAGGAAUGAUAUGUGUGUGUCUGUUACUGAUGGAAUGGAUGAUCUUUCCAUUCUCAGAGACGCAGAGGUUAGCUUGGAAGCAUCGCCGGAGAAGAACACUUCAUCCCUGAUUGAAACUGACAAUAAUGGUUUGGAAAAUGAUGGUGAACAGUGUGUGGAACAAGAUACUCAAAGUGGUACAAACACAGAUAGACUGAAGGGUCUUCCAUCCAAUUAUGAAGACCAAGUGGAUGGUUUGGAGAUUAGUGAGAAUGUUUUGAAGGAUAAUAAUCAUCACUCUGUGGGAGAUUUUCAAUGUGCCACUCAAGCUGACUGGUUGAAGGAUCUGCCACUCAUUAAUGUUAGUGAAGUGACUGCUUUAGUAACAUCACCUGACAGAAAUGAUACAUCCAAAACAAAUGAACAAUGUUCAAGAAAAAGAAAGAGCAGCCUUAGAGUCCUAGAAAUGGAUUGGAUUAAAGAUUUGCCAAUCAGUAAUGAAAAUAGACAGUCUAAUACAGAAACCUCAUUGGAAAGAGACAUCUCAUCAGCACCUAAAGCCAAGGAUCCCACACAGGCAACCACGAAGCAGAAUAAGAAGAGGAAGAGUGAAAGACAAAAAAUUAAGUGGUCUUUCAAUCUCCCUCUUGAUAUCAAGAACAAAAGACGAAAAUCCAUAAUGAAAUGGACAGAAGAUCUCCCUCUUGAUAUCGACGACAGAAGACAAGAAUCCGUAAUGAAAUGGUUAGAAGAUCUCCCUCUUGAUAUCGAGAACAAAAGACGAGAAUCAGUAAUGAAAUGGACUGAAGAUCUCCCUCUUGACAUUGAGAAAACACCAGCUUGCUUACAGAAAUCACUUCAUGAACACAACACAUCACGGGUGGACAAGACAGCUUUAAGUACCAAUCAGUGUGUGGAUGAGGAAAAUAAUGAAGAGGAAGAGACUCAUGGGACAUCAUCUCAUUCAAUAAACAAAAUUGAUCAGGAGAGUGAAGCUCCAUCAAGGAGACUCACAAGAGCAUACUGGAAUUCAGCCAUAGACUCAGAAACGGACAUCAUUGGUGAGAGACAGAAAUCAGACAGCAUAAAGGAGGGUGACAGUGUUCAGGAAGUUAAUAAAAGUUCAGAUGAAAGUCCAAGAAACAAUAAGGUAACAGAUUCUAAUCCUAAUAGAACUCUGGAGGAAAGUGUCAAAGAUGGUGACUGUGAGAAAGGCAAUAGAGACCUUAAGGAAGAGAGAGAUAAAAGAAACACAAACCAAGAGGAGAGCGAGAGAGGGAGUAGAGGCGGUAACCAAAGAAGCAAUGGACAUAAGGAGUGUGAGGUAGAGACUACUUGUUAUGAUGCUAAUGAAGACAUGACAGAUGGAUUGAAAAGAAAAACGGGAAAAACUAAACAAAAGGAAUGUGAGAACAAUAAAGAUGACAGCCAUAAACUUUCUGAAAGUAUUGGACAUGAGGAGAGUGAUGGAGAAACUAGUUGUUGUGGUGUUGGUGAUAUGGAAGAUGGAAAUAAGGGAAAAAGGAAAAAGACUAAACAAAAGGGAUAUGAGAAAAGUAAAGAUAACAGGCAUGAACAUUCUGGAAAUAUCGGACAUGAGGAGUGUGCAGGAGAGACCAGCUAUUAUGGUGCUAGUGACAUGGAAGCUGAAAGUAAUGAAAAUAGAGAGUCUAAGACAAAAACAUCAUUAGAAAGAGACAUCACACCAGUAGCUGAAGCCAAGGAUCCCACACAGACAACCACCAAGCAGAAUAAGAAGAGGAAGAAACAAGAAAUGAAAUGGACAGAAGAUCUUCCCUUGAUAUUGAGAACAAAAGACGAGAAUCCAUAAUGAAACGGACAGAUCUCCCUCUUGAUAUCAAGAACAAAAGACGAGAAUCCAUAAUGAAAUGGACUGAAGAUCUCCCUCUUGAUAUCGAGGACAAAAGACAAGAAUCCGUAAUGAAAUGGACUGAAGAUCUCCCUCUUGACAUUGAGAAAACACCAGCUUGCUUACAGAAAUCACUUCAUGAACACAACACAUCACGGGUGGACAAGACAGCUUUAAGUACCAAUCAGUGUGUGGAUGAGGAAAAUAAUGAAGAUAAAAGUGUGACAAGUCCACCAUGCGUGAAUGACUUAACCGACAAUAGUAAACAAGAGGAAGAGACUCAUGGGACAUCAUCUCAUUCAAUAAACAAAAUUGAUCAGGAGAGUGAAGUUCCAUCAAGGAGACUCACAAGAGCAUACUGGAAUUCAGCCAUAGACUCAAAACGGACAUCAUUGGUGAGAGACAGAAAUCAGGCAACAAAAAGGAGGGUGGCAGUGUUCAGGAAGUUAAUAAGAAAAGUUCAGAUGAAAGUCCAAGUAAGGUAACAGAUUCUAAUCCUAAUAGAACUCUGGAGGAAAGCGUCAGAGAUGGUGACUGUGAGAAAGGCAAUAGAGACCUUAAGGAAGAGAGAGAUAAAAGAAAUACAAACCAAGAGGAGAGCGAGAGAGGGAGUAGAGGCGGUAACCAAAGAAGCAAUGGACAUAAGGAGUGUGAGGUAGAGACUACUUAUUAUGAUGCUAAUGAAGACAUGACAGAUGGAUUGAAGAGAAAAACG